AUGCCUCCUGGAGAAAUCAUGAAACCGGAAGUUAAGGUCAUGCACACUGUCCGAAAGCAACUUGAGGAUUCAAAGACAAUGGCUUUUUAUAACAUCACAGAAGAAUGCAUCUUAGAAAUGUUUCCUCCUCCAUUUCAGAUAUUUGUUAAACAGUGGAGUGGUGGUACUGUGACCCUUAUUGUCCGGCUACAGAACACUGUCAAAGAUGUUAAGAAAAAGAUUUUCGUCAAGCUGGGCUUGCCGGUUGAUGUUCAGGGUCUUGUUUUUGCUGGUAUUGGUGAUCUGAAAACGUUGGUCCGAGAGAAAGUGAAAAAACCAGUGAAGGAAGCAUUCCUCAGAGGAAAGAAACUGAGAGAGCAGCUUUAUCUGAUAUUGUUUUCUUCAUCAUUUCUAAAUGCUAUUAGUGAACUAAGUAGCACAGACACUGUCAAUAUCUACAUGAUGCCGGUUGCAACAUGA